UGACGGCAUUUCCGACGACGAAUUGACGAGCAAUUGAUCGAUACACGCGGUUCCCGCUGCAAGAACUAGUCAAGAUGGUUUCUCAGACUCCCUUCCGCGCUGCGGAAUUCAAGAGCGCUUUCGGCCCCAAGUACGCUUUCCAGCCCAACUACCGCGGCAUCACCGUCCAGACUGCCACUCGAUAUGGCUUCCGUGCUGCCACCAUUGGCGGUGGUCUCGGCGUUGCUCUGAUGCUCUACGCCUCCAGCCUGCCCCGUUUCCGCGCUGACGUCCUCUCAAAAUUCCCCAUCGUUGGCGGUCUCUUUGAGAAGCAGGAGAUCCACCCUGCCGACAACCCCUUCUAAAUGCACUCGCGAGAUGGAGUUUGUAAAAUUGUAACAAGGCUUUGCGCGGCAUGCCUUUGUAUAAGAGAUACACAAUAGACUUUUCCUAAACCAU